AUGUCACAGACAAGUGUUUACACUGGUAUCUGGACAGACUGGAGCCAUGGACGUGCUUCAGGCUUGACUCUCACACUCACUCAGAAUCACUCCGGCUAUCUCCUAUCGUUCCUUGCAAUCUUGGUCACCUUUGCAGGUGCACAGCUAUGGAAAAUCGCGGCCUUCAUCUUGCAUAACCUGGGUUCGGGAAAGCCACUCCAGAGACACCGAUUGAUCCAUCAGCAACAACAGGUCAUCCUGCGCAACUCGCAGGAAGCGGGCAGCACCAUACUCGAUCUGUUUCGCCUGGUGUGGGCGUGGAGGAAUCAAGGCGCGAGGCAUUCGAGGACAUACGUGACUAUCGUCCUGGCGACGCUCAUUCUGGUCGGGUUUUCUGCUGCGGGUAUAUUGACGGGCGAGAUUACGAAAAGCGCAAGCAAACAUAUGCUGGUUCAAAGCAACAUCUGCGGAACAUGGCAGGCCACAGGCGACGCGACGUCGUACGCGACGACUACGGUCUAUACGCAGAAAAACAUCAACGACACCUUGAGCGCAGCAAACUAUGUGGCGAACUGCUACGGUGACACACUGAACUCCUCCUUCGCAUGUACCAACUUUCCCCGACAAAGUCUGCCGUAUGUGUUACAGCACAACGCCUCAUGCCCUUUUGACGACAGCUUUUGCAUUGACGGGCCUACCAGUGCCGUAUCAUUCGAUACUGGGCUCCUAGAUUCGCAUCUGCAUCUCGGAAUCAAUGCGCCUCCGAAGCAUCGGAUCCAGUACCGACGUCGCACAGUUUGCUCCCCUCUCGCUUUCGGGGAUCGCUUUUGCCGUGCCGAGAAUGAUACCCUCUCCGGCUUGGGUGCCGUUGAUGAGUUCGUUCGUUGUUACACGGGUCCAACGGUAUACACCAACUACACCUUUAGCGUCGACACGCACUCUUACUUUGUCGGCACGUCUGGAUAUCAAUUGCAGGCCUACUACGCCGAGGGAGGCGCCAACCAAACCGCGUGGGAGCCUGUUCCUGAGCUCUCUCGCACCGACGCCGAUGUGACAUUGUUCUAUCUCGCCCAGAACAAUGUCGUGUAUGCGAACCCCGUGGAUGAUCCGUUCUUCUCGGCGCAUCGAGUGAGAUACGCCCCAUUCGGAACCAACCGAGAUGCUCUAGCAAAUGUUACUGUGUACGCCUUUGAUUCCUGGAUCGAUGCCAUGGGUUGCACCGACCAACAUCAAAUCUGUAACUCUUCGCCACUCAACUCGUCCAGCCAAGUCUGCACACCUCUGACGGCGUUGUUGGGCGUAGAAGAAGCCAUCCUCGCCAACGGCACCGACGAGAAGAGCGCGCAUCUUGCCAUGAAUCCGUACCAACUCAGCACGGCUGUUCGCGUCUUCGAAGCUGUCGACGGCUGGGCCAUUUUCGACGUCGUCAACGCCCGUGGCGCCGCUGCAAUGAAGGCCAACGAUGUCUUGGUCGGACUCAACGGCCCCGGCCUGCCGAUUGACCAAUGGGUGGUCGAGACUAGAACGUGGUUUGCGCAAACUCUGGCAGCCGUUCAAUCAGCAAUCAUUCAGUACACUACAGGCCCCGGCACGACAGAUGGCGAAAUUGUACCUCCUGCCAACAAGUAUGAUGCCGAGGGGUGCAAGAGUCAGCUUAUCCACAACAGCGGCGCGUAUCAGAACUUCAGCGUCCUCGGAAUUGCGAUAGUCGUGGCCCUCUCAGGCGUCAUCAUCCUGUGUUCUUUUCUCCUCCGUCCGCUCACCGAUCUGUUGCUCUACCGAGGAGGUGCUCGGCAGUGGCACCGUCAGCUAUGGGUGAUGGAGGACAAGUUGCAACUUCAACGAUUGGCUUACCAGGGAGCCGGCCAUCGUCAGGGUUGGCAUCGGGUUCAUGAGUCUGUCCCCGUCUCUGACAAGGACCAAUUGUUCGACGACAUGACAGCAGUGGAGGACAGAGCCACCACUCCACCAUUGAACUAUCCCAUGAGUGGGUUUUCACAAUCCACGCAUCAAGAGAAUGGGCAGCUGCCGUUCGGCUUCAGUGAUGGCAAUGGUACUCAGUCGAUGAAGGAGGCCUCCUCUCUUUUGAGGUCACAUCAGUAG